ACAUGACAUUCGGUGAUCAAAACCAAGGAUUUUUAUCAUUUGGAUUUGAAAAGUUUGAAAAAUUUCCAUAUUCAAUUUAAUUAAAUAAUAAACAUGGUAUUCACGAGCGCAAUUAAUCUGAUCCGUGCUAAAGGUCCCGACGAAUUUUGGAGAAAAAGGCGAAUUUUCAAACUUGCAGCACACUUUGUCGGACGAAAACGUAACUGUUACAGCAUUGCUGUGCGAUAUGUUCACAGGGCCCUGGCCUAUGCAACAAAGGGACGGAAACUUAAAAAAAUGGACAUGAGAAGUCUCUGGGAGACCAGAGUAACAGCUGGAUGUAACCAACACAAUAUGGAAUACGGUACUUUCAGAGAAUCAUUAGUUCGCUCAGAUAUUCUACUCAACAGGAAAACUUUAGCCGACUUGGCUAUUUGGGAACCUCACACCUUCAAAUCCCUCACAGAUAUUGCUAAAAGAAGAGCUAUCGAUGAUGGAUUAGUUUGUUUGAAUAAUAAGGAAGAACCAGUUGAUAGGAUUAUAACUAGGGGAACUCUUGCAAAUAAGUCAUAGAGAUUUGCAUUUUUCAUAAAAAGUCUACGACUCCCAAAUGCUUGUUAAAAUCAUUUGAAUCCCAUAAGGCAUAAGGCUGAAAAUAUAUUCGUGAAUACAUGUGCAAGACUCAAAUAAAUUCAUAAAUCAAUUCAAAGACUGGUAUAAGUAUUGCCAAUACUAACUGAAAAUCACAUUUUUAAGGUGACUUCUCAAAAUCAGGAGGCGGAUUACGAACUCUCGAUUCGAACUGAAACCGCCAUGUUACACCAAAAUUUUGAUUUUGAACGCACUCCAUGCGAAUGCAUUU